AUGCCUGACUUCCCUAGUGGAUCUAUUUUAGUCGUUGGAGAUGGAGAUCUGUCGUAUUCAACGGCUCUUGCAGCUGCCAUUCAAGACAACGCUGGGAUCAACCUCGAUGUCUAUCUUACAGCUACUACGUUGGAUUCAUUAGAAAUCGUCAAGAAACGCUACAAACGAGCAGAAGAAAAUAUUAGAAAUUUGUCAUUAAUGCGUAACACUUUCGUCUAUUUUGGAGUAGAUGCUCGAUUUCUUGAAACGUUCAGAUUUGAGAAAGCUACAAAAUUUGAUUUUAUUGUAUUCAAUUUUCCUCAUCCAGGAGGGAAAAACUGUAUGGCAACCAACAGGAAAUUACUCUCAGAUUUCUUUUGGAGUGCUGGGAAGGUUUUGUCUGAUGAUGGCGAAAUUUGGGUGACAUUGUGUGAUGGGCAAGGAGGGACACCAGCUGAUAGGAAGAAACGAGAGUGGCAAAAUAGCUGGCAAGUGGUGGCGAUGGCAACCAGAGCGAAUAUGAUCCUCACUCGAGUUUUAGAGUUUGAUUCUCAAAAUUACAUUGGGUAUAGAAGUACGGGACAUCGAGGUUUCGAUCGCGGAUUUGCAAAUUCGGGUGCCCUCACUCAUGUGUUUAUUAGAGCUCAUGAGACAGUUGAAGGUCACAUGGCUCGGUGGCUAUCUAUUUUAUCACUCACCGAGAGUAUUGAGCUAGACUGUCCAUGGCAUCAAGACGAUGUACUAUGGUCAUAUAUUGAUUCUACAUUUUUGAAGACAUAUAGUGUUAUUCCCUGUGAUUUAAUGCUUGUGUUACGAGCCAACCAUCCAGUUGCCAUUCUUUAUGAAAGAUUAAGACGUCGGCUAAUGAUCAGGCACAGUAUGGAUACUAUUACUGGUGAUUGGAUUGACGGUCAAAAGUACUGGUCUGUAUCACUGAAGUCGUGUGUUGUUCACAGAGAAUGUGUGGUUGGAACUGGAAUUGAAAAUCAACCUGUCGUGUUUGCCAUUCAUGGAGCAUUUUGUGUUCAAAAAGCUGAGUCUGAAACAACAGAAAAGCUACGCCUAGUGCUGAGUGAUGCAAUUGGACUCCUAGGUGACAUUUACCAGACAUAUUGGAUUUCUGACUGUGUGGACAGCCAUCUUAUUUGGAGACUUCUAUUGAUUAAAGAAUCAACAAGUUACGAGAUUUGUGCACUACGCAAUCAACACUGUUUCUCAGGCAAAGAUGGGACAGACUCGUUUUCAUUCUCUGUAUCUCUAAGCUGUCUAGCUGUUGUGUUGUUUGACAUCGCAGAUGCUAGAUUGCUUUGGUCUUCUGAUUCCCGGUUUUUCAAGCAAUUUGAAGUCUGUUCAAACUGCAUGGAUUGCAGACCGUUUGUUGCUCGUCCAGUCAGCAUCUACUCGUGUUCGUAUCAACAUGAUGUUGGGUUUUGGACGAUGGUGGCAAUAAAUGAUCUCCAGCUAAGCAGAGUUAUUCGUUCAGUUACUGGAGACGUAGUUACAUCGGUUACACUAAUUAACGCUUUUCGAAAAGAUAACAAGACUGGACUGUGCUAUCGGAUAGUUUAUCAAUCAAAUGACAAAGCGAUUUCACGUGUUGAAGUAGACAAAUUACAAACUGAUGUCAGAGAAGUUAUUGUCAACUGUUCCAAUCCCUUCCCAUUGUUUAACUCUACGAAGGCAGUCAAAAUAGCAUCAGCAGGCGUUUCUUCGAGUAGUCAUCGUGCGGAGAGAGCCGCUGCAACAGCAGCUGCCUUGGUUGGGACGUCGGCGGCGCUGUCACAACUACCAGCGACAUCACAAGGAAGAGGCAGCGUCAAACAGCGAUGGAUUCCACCCAGUGCACUGAUCACUAGUAACGCAGAACGUGCAGAAUUGGUCUUCAGACGUGUGCGCGGAAUUUUGAACAAACUGACACCAGAGAAGUUUGACAGACUCACCUCUGCACUACUAGGAGUUGGACUUGACAGCAAGCACUUGUUGAAGGGGGUUAUCAUAUUGAUUUUUGAGAAGGCAGUCGACGAACACAAGUUUGGGGCUCUAUAUGCUCAGCUGUGUGUUAGAAUCGAUGAAGAUGGUCCUAAUUUUGAAGAGCCUGGAAGUGCUACUUCUGUCAGUGUUUUUUGA